AUGGCUAAUACUUUCAAGAACAUGUCGUGCCAGGCCAUAACACUCAUCGACUUGGUGUUUGAAAAAAUAGAAGCUGUGCGAGAAGCUGCUCCACCAAUGCCCUCUCAGGAAGAAGUCGACCAACUGCUUUCCUAUCUCAAGAGACUCAAAAUUCACAUGACUGGGAUGAAAGAACAGGUGGAUGCCCCAGAUCAAGAGCUCACGCUGGCGGCUGUGGUUACGCAGGCUAGCGAAGUCAUGUUUGAAGUGGACAACAUGCAAUUUGCCAUCUGGUUAAUUGACCCCGAUCGCCCUUGUAAGAGCAUUCACGGUGAUGGUCGCGAUCACCCAUUGGCACACCGGAUUGAUCAGUAG